AUGUCGCAGUCCCCGCUCGCGCGCAAGUCGCGCAAGUCGCUGACAGCGUUUGCGCGCCCGCCGUCAAAACUCUCCCGUUCCCAAACCGCAGACCAGCCCUACGCCGAGGCCGACACCUUCUCGCCGGGCAAGCACAACAGUCCCGUGAAAUCGUCAUCGUCAUCGGCGUCGGUGGCAACUACGACUUCAACUUCGACGGGAACGUCGCCGAGCCAUUCUACGCCGACGCAACAGAAUGCCUUUGCGACCCCGCCGCGCAAGAGGGCCAGCGAGGGCGGACCAUGGGACAGCCCAACGCCGUACUACGCCACUCCCAUUCGGGGACUGACGAACCGCCGCGUCUCCGUCUUCUCGCCAGGCACGUACACCCCGCCAUAUGCUGGAGUGCGGCCUGCGGAGCGGCGCACGAGCUACGGGAGUAACCUCGGCACACCCCUCCCUGGCACGCCUGUGGCGGGGACGCCAGGCGGGUCGCCAACGGGCACGCCGCGCGCGACGGGCACGAGGAAGCGCUUCGUGAGGCGCAAGGGCGUGUUCCAGCGGUAUGUCUUCCCUCCCUCCCCUUCCUCCCUCGACCUCCCCCUUAACACUCCCCGAGAUCAAGCUGACAACCAGAAUCGUGGAGGCACCCCGCAACGCGCUCGAGUACGUGUGGAUCUCGCUCCCGACCAGUGUCGAGGACAUUCUCCCGCCGACACGCUGGGCCGCGCCGCUCGGCAUGGCGCUCUUCCUCCUGCAGGUAUCCUCAUCACGCUCCUCAUGCUCAUCAUCUCGGGCGCGAACGCCGCAUACCUCUUCACAAAGCAUAGGAACUACGACAUGAUGCUGCGUAGUGACCCCGUCAAGUCGCCCAACGCCAGUCCGAUUCCCUCGCCCAUGAAAGACAGGAGCACGGCGACAGAGCCCGAGGACUCUGACGCCGAUGACGGCGAGGAGGGAGAGAAACGCGCCGCGCCCAAGAUCGACGGUAGAGUCGUCGCCCGCACAGCAUGGAAGGUGACCAAGGUCCUUGGGCGGGUGGCGUGGCGCUCCGUCGCGUCCAUUGCCGGCUUUGAGGCGCCCACUCGUCCGCGCGGAGGCGGGGAUAUGAUCGAGCGGCUGAGGAUCUGGGACCCGCCUUCUUUCUGCCUCGCCUUCUUCUGUGCGCUCCCGCCCACAGCCCCGCUUAUGGUGUACUUCCUCACAGGACGCGUGCCGCUGCUCGUCCCCCUCGUGCACCUCGCGUACUAUGUCGUGCUGCACCAGCUUGCGACGAGCUUUACGCAGAUGGUCAAGGACCGCCAGAUCCUCAAUGCCGAGGUCAUGCGCGAGUACGACCAGCGCUUCGUGUUCAAGAAGCUCUUUGUGCCCACCGAGGACCGCGGGGUCGGCACGAGCGACUACGCUAUCGAUUACUAUUAG